GGAGCAAAAAAGCGAGUCAAGCACUCUAAGCAGUGAGUCCCCCAAGUCGUCGCUAAGCUUGACAAAAAUGGCCGGCCUUCUUUGACCCGUCAGGCCUCUCCUUUCCUCUCUUAUCAAAACCACCCGGCUUUUCACACCCAUUUUUCCAGUUGAUUUCUUGGUUUGAUUUGUGGAUGCUAUAAGAAUUGUGUGUGGGAACUCGCUUGGUUGUUGACCCUUGAAGUCUUCGUCUUUGUGGAAAGAGGGAAGCUUUGCUGUUGAUUCAAGAACCCUUCUCUGGGCUCUUUGAUUCUUCUGUGUUUGUUGCUAGUGAUAUCUCAGGUUUCAGUGUUAACUGAUGCUGGGGUUGGUAGGUUCAGUAUCUUGAACUCUGUUAUCACUAAGUAGUAACUUAGGUGAUUGGGAUGGCUUUCCUAAGGCGUAUGUUGAAUGGACGAGAUCUUGGCAUUUUUGUGUUAUUGUUAUUGCUUAGUUGUAGGUUCAGCCAUGGUGUUGAGAGUGAUGUAAACUGCUUGAAAAGUAUAAAAGCAGCAUUGGAGGACCCUCUAGACAUGUUAAGCUCUUCAUGGGAUUUUAACAACAACACUGAAGGUUUCAUCUGUAACUUUCUGGGAGUGGAGUGUUGGCACCCUCAUGAGAGCAAAGUUUUAAAUAUCAAGCUUGGGGAUUUGGGACUCAAAGGCCAGUUUCCUCGCGGAGUAGUGAAUUGUACAAGCUUAACAGGGUUAGAUCUUUCGAGCAACAACCUUAGUGGAUCUAUUCCUGAGGAUAUUGAUUAUUUGAUCCAUUACAUUACAUCGCUUGAUCUAUCUUCCAACAACUUCUCAGGGACAAUUCCCAGGAAACUCUUCAAUUGUACUUUUCUAAAUGUCCUUAAACUUGACAAUAACAAGCUGACGGGUCAGAUUCCUCCAGAACUUGGUCAGCUCAGUAGGCUUAAAACAUUUAGUGUGGUCAGCAAUCAACUGUCUGGGCAAAUCCCCUACUUCCAGAAUGGUACAAUUGGAGUGGAAAGCUAUGCAAACAAUCCUGGACUUUGUGGUUCCCCUUUGAAAAGUUGCCAGGCAGCUGCCAAGAAGUCUAACAGUGUAGUUAUAGUAGCAGCAGGAGUCGGGGGUGCAACUUUCGCAGCAUUAGUAGUGAUCAUUGCGUUGUUCUUCUUCAUGCGUAGAGUGUCUGCAAGGAAGAAGGAAGAGGACCCUGAAGGGAACAAAUGGGCAAGGAGUUUGAAGGGAACUAAAGGAAUCAAGGUUUCCAUGUUCAAGAAGUCGGUUUCUAAAAUGAGACUGAGUGAUCUCAUGAAGGCUACCAACAAUUUCAGCAAAGAUAAUAUCAUUGGAUCAGGAAGAACUGGAACUGUUUACAAGGCAGUGCUUGAUGAUGGCACCUCACUUAUGGUCAAGAGGUUGCAGGAAUCUCAAUACUCUGAGAAAGAGUUUCUGUCUGAGAUGUCUACUCUGGGUAGCGUAGAACACCGUAACUUGGUUCCCCUUUUGGGUUUUUGUGUGGCAAAGAAGGAAAGGCUUUUGGUGUAUAAGCACAUGCUUCAUGGUACCCUCCAUGACCAGCUACAUCCUGUGGAAGCUGAUGGUGCCAAGAUUAUGGACUGGCCUACAAGGCUAAAAAUUGGGAUAGGAGCAGCCAGAGGAUUAGCGUGGCUUCAUCAUAACUGUAACCCUCGAAUUAUCCACCGAAACAUAAGCUCCAAAUGCAUCUUGCUGGAUGCAGAUUUUGAGCCUAAGAUAUCUGAUUUUGGCCUAGCUAGGCUCAUGAAUCCGAUUGAUACACAUUUGAGUACUUUUGUGAAUGGGGAGUUUGGAGAUCUGGGUUAUGUGGCUCCUGAGUACACAAGAACUUUAGUGGCCACUCCGAAGGGGGAUGUUUACAGCUUUGGAACUGUUCUUCUUGAGUUGGUUACUGGUGAAAGAGCUACCCAUAUUUCUAAAGCUCCAGAAGAUUUCAAAGGAAACUUGGUGGAAUGGAUCUUGCAGCUGUCAAGCAAAUCUCAACUCACAGAUGCAAUUGACAAAUCCUUGAUUGGAAAGGGUGUGGAUGAAGAGGUUUUCCAGUUCCUUAAAGUUGCUUGCAACUGUGUGGUGCCUACUUCCAAGGAGAGGCCUACUAUGUUUGAAGUAUUCCAGCUUCUACGAGCAAUUGGACAGAAAUAUAACUUCACAAUUGAAGAGGAGAUGUCAACGCCUUCAAAUAAUGAUGAUUGUGUAGGAGAACUCAUUGUUGCUCGAGAGAUGAUGGAGAUUAAUUGAAAAGGUACUGAAUAGUACUAGUAUGUGGGCAUUACCCUUUUGUAAUUAUCUGUUUUUGUGUACUGUUAAAAAUAAACAUAUCAUUACAUAUAUUAUUUAUGCUUGGGUAAUUUAUAGAUGGGAAAUUUUCUUUAACAACUAGAGCUGCAAGCACCCACUAUGCUUUAUUUAGUGUUUCAACCUGCUUUUCUUAGACAUACAACUGUAAAAUCAUUAUAUU